AUGACUACUAUAUCUAAAACAAUAGAUGAAUGUGCUAUUUGUAAUGAAGAAUCUACCAAACUAUAUCAAUGUUGUUCGAAUGAAAAUGAUCGAAUUUGUGAUUUAUGUUGGUCGAAAAUAAUUUCAUCAGUUAUUAAGAGUGGUAAAAUAGGUUUAUUAUUUACUGAAAAAUUACCUUGUGAUUUUUGUCAUGAACCAAUUAAACGUGAUUGUCUUCCAGAAGAAAUUCAAACUCGUAUUAAUAGUAUUCUUUCAACAAUACCGAAAACAAAAAAUCCAAAAUUUAUUGAGGAAUUUAAUUAUUCAUAUAAUAAUUCAAAUGAAUUACAUCAUUGUUUAACAAAUGAAAAAUUUGUUUUUCUUACACAACGUCAUUAUAAUUUACUUGGUAGUUGUAUAGAUACAUAUAUUCAAUCAUUAAUAAAAUCUGAUCCAUGGAAUUAUGAAGAAAUAUGGUUACCUAUUAAAGAUGAACCUACAAAUGAUCAUCAUGAUCAAGUUAAUAUAUUUACUUCAAAUGAUUUUAAAACAAAUGAAAAUGGAUGUUUAAUAUUAAUUCAAGGUUCAGGUGUUGUACGUCCAGGGCAAUGGGCACGUUCAUGUUGUAUUAAUGAAUCUCUCGAUAUAGGAAGUAUGUUAUAA